AUGGGUUAUAAAGCUCAUAAUAAAGUUUUCACUCAAGAACAGGAAAGAGAGCUAUCAAAAUAUUUAAUCCGUUGCGCUGAUAUAUAUUUUGGACUUACAAAAAAAGAAGUAAGAAAAUUGGCAUUUGAGUUAGCUAUAAAGUAUGAUCUUGCCAGACCAAAUACCUGGGAUGAAAACAAAAUAGCCGGAGAAGAAUGGUUUCGUUCCUUUAUGACAAGAAAUGCCGAAUUGUCAGUAAGAGCGGCCCAAGCAACCAGUUUGGCCACAGCUACAAGUUUCAAUCGAACAAAUGUUGAAGCUUUUUACGAUAAUUUAGAAAAAGUCUUAGAUCGUCAUCAUUUUGAGCCACAAGAUAUUUACAAUAUGGACGAGACUGGAGUUACGACAGUUCACAAACCUAACAGAAUAGUAGCCAAACGUGGAGUACGACAAGUAGGAGCCAUAACCUCAGUUGAACGUGGAAUGCUUGUUACAGUACCUGCUGCUGUAAAUGCUUUGGGUAACACUCUACCGCCUACGUUCUUAUUUCCAAGAGUUAAAUUCCAAGAUCAUUUUAUAAUUGGUGGACCUGUUGGUUGUGUUGGUGCUGCAAAUCCAUCAGGCUGGAUGCAGGAGGAUAAUUUCUUAGUUUUUUUGCAACAUUUUCAAAAAUAUUCAAAUGUUUCUCCAUCUCACAAGGUAUUACUGUUGAUUGACAAUCAUUCAUCGCAUGUCAAUAUAAAAUCUCUGGACUUUUGCAAGGAGAAUGGGAUCGUUCUUUUAUCAUUUCCUCCACAUUGCACACACAAGCUCCAGCCGCUUGAUAGAUCUGUAUAUGGGCCACUUAAGAAAGCCAUUAACACUGCUAGUAAUGCUUGGAUCCACAACAAUCCAGGAAAAACUAUGAAAAUAUAUGAUAUUCCUAGUAUCGUUGCUACCGCUUUUCCAUUGGCAGUAACUCCAUCCAACAUUCAAGCCGGUUUCACAAAUACUGGAAUAUCCCCAUUUAAUCGCAAUUUAUUUACUGAAGUUGAUUUUGCUCCGUCGUACGUAACGGACAGACCAAAUCCUAAUACUCCUAUCGAAACAGUAAAUGAGAAUCCUUUAAAUCCUGUUGAUAUGCUGACUGAAACUCAAGACCACCAUGAGAUUUUUCAAGAUUCAUUACGAGGUAAGGUCGUAACAGAAAAAAGAGCCUACGAUAAGACUGCCAAAAAUCAGCAAGACUUUUCAACUAAAGCAUUGGAAGAAGUGAUUUCUAAACGCGAUAUACUGACAAGUGCACUAUCUGAAAAUACACCAUCGACCAGUAAUGUUGUUUUUCCCCGGAAGUAG